GCCUGUUGUUCUGAGGCUGCUUUUAUUCACAUCAUUUCUAAACUGAAAGGACACAAGAAAGCUCAGGAUGACUGAAAAAGAGUUCAACCAAAGACAUGAGGAGACGGAGGAGGGAGUCCAAAACAGGUCAGUGACAGACAAGGUGUUACUGUUUUCAUGUCCACAUUAAGUUAUUUUGAAAAGCUGAGAAGAAUCCAGCAGUUAAAGACAAAAUAUGUCAGUUUUAUUUAUGUGAAUGUGUGAUCUGCCUUUCUUUGUUGAGACCACAAUCUAAAGGCCCGAGUGUUGGCAUGAGACAAAAACCACAGAGAGACCUUUAUCUGGGAUUUCUAACAAAGCAACACCUGAUAGUGAUAUCUGUGGCUGUUGGACUUGUUGUCCUGCUGAUUAUCGCUGCAGUUACUGCUGUGCUGUUCACCAGAAAGUCAGGUAUGCUCCUAAAGAUAUGUUUGUCAGAAAGGAUCAACUUUGAUCAUUUAUAAAUUGAUUAUCCCGGCUUUAAAUACAGCACUGUUGUGAAAGCUCUAACCCUCAACAAUGCCAUAGUCCAAAGUCCAGUUUGAUGAGUGCAUUGGAGUUCUUAUGAUUACACUAGCAGUUUAUUACGCAUCAUAAUGUACCUGAAGCUGGUCUGUACGUAACAGCUCCUGUGGGCUUUGUGGUCCAAAAAGAUUUUAGACAGAUAACUACAACAUAAAAAUUUCAUGAUUAGCUGAUAACUCCACUGUCUCCAAGCUCAACAACAUGGAGACAAAUACAGACAGCAGAGAGACGGGGGAAGAGAAAACAGGAGAUUAAUAUCUACUCUGGCCUUGCAUGAGUACAGGAUAACUGGUCUGAAGCAAUCCAGUCAGAAAAAGGGGAUUAACACAUGUUGAUUCGAUUAAUUCAUUGUUUAGCUGAUUUACUCUUCCUCAUGUCCUCCACUCACAGUAAGUCAUGUUGGUGUUUGUCUUUCUAAUCAGAUCCUCUCCUCUCGUUUUCCACCGGGGGAGACAUGCUGGACUUUCUGGUUCAGUCGGGGGAAAUCAUCAAACAUGACGGCCUCUUAGCAACCUGGUUUCACAGAGCAAACAGCAAGGAGGCAAUGAACAAAGCUCUCGCAAGUAAACUUCAUUCAGAAGUGAUCAAAAAUCUUUAUAUUUUCUGUCUGUAGACCUCUUCUGACUAAUGUAAUAAAAGUGAACAACACUCACUGUGAAGUUGACAUGUUGGGCUCUAUUUUCGUGUACGCCGGUGAGGUGACGGAGGGUGGCGGACCCCGCGCAGUUGUAUUUUCGUCUGGCAGAGCCCGGCGUACAGCCAGUUUGGUAUUUUCAUGGACUGAGGCGCACGGAGGCGAACCGAGAUCCACCAAGCUGGGCGUGGUGGCGUGGCUGGGGGAGGUGUCGUCAGAAUCAGCGGGCGCAGUGACAUUUUCGUGCUCGCCAGUGGCAUGUAAAGUGCGCUGAAAGAUCCCCGAUUCAAACCUGGUCAGCUUUCAGCGCAGGCGGAGCGCAGCUGGUCUAGUGGUAUUUUGGUAGACCGGCGGCGUACCGGCAUACGUCACCGAUGCCUCACAGGCAGGUUUCCACAGUGUCAGGCACAUUUCAGUGCAAUAAAUAAUCAUCAACAACGAUUAAUCUGAGUCAGCACAUACAUUUAGAUCUAUAUACAUAUAUUCUGAUCUAAAUCUGAUCUGAUGAGCGCGUUUGGCACGCGUUUGGACACACAACCUGACUGAAUCAAAACAGCUGAAACCACAUUAAAUUAAAUUAAAUAUCUAGUAAAUAAACACACAUGAAGUUAACAAGAUAUUUAAUUUGUCUCCCGCCUUUUCUUUCUUCCUCUUAUUUCUCGCGCAGCUCGACCUGGACAUGUCUCUGUGUCCUUUCUCCGUCCUGCUGCACUCUGCGGCACGUCUCCGGCGAGGCACGAAAAUAGAGCCCUAUGUGAUUGGUGGAAACAGGUCUCGGCUGUGUUAAACCCACUCCACGCCCUCUCUCCUCCCUCGCUACGAUUUACGCCGCUGGGAGGAACUGAGUUAGGGAGGGGGGAUACUUACGCCGGGCUGCGCCGCUCAACAAAAUACCAAAUUGUGCUUGGGAACGCCAUGUCGGCGCGGUGGACCUGACUUACGCCACGCCUGCGGCACGUCUCCGGCGAGGCACGAAAAUAGAGCCCUUUGUGUUGCACACUAACAAAUAUCUGAUCAGCUAAUUAACUCACAAAACUUUUCAAAACUGGACCUUUAGGUGAUUCCAUGAUUCUGGAGGCAGACGUCACUCUGGAGGGUUAUGGAACACCCAAUGAGAAGCCUAUCCCUAUCAUGGCCCAUCCUCCUGAGAUCACCAGUGACAACACUCUGGACCAGUGGUUGGAUGCUGUUCUGGCCUCCAGAAAAGGUGUGUUUCAGUGGAAGAGGAUCCAGGUGUUUAAUUGUGUCCGUCUCAGUCUCUGAUGAUUCAAAGAUGGAUUUUAAUCAUCUGUGAUUCCUUUGUAGGCAUAAAACUAGAUUUCAAGUCCUUGGCAUCUGUGGGCCAUUCACUGGACCUGCUGAGGGAAAAGAACAGCAGCGGUGGAAUAAACCGGCCUGUUUGGCUUAAUGCUGACAUCCUCCGGGGUCCAAAUGUGCCCGGAUUUAUGCCUCAGGUCAAUGGAAGCAGGUGAAGACGAAACUUUGAAAAAAUCUUAUUUUUAUUAUAUUUUAUUUUUUAUGUCUCUAUCCGUUCUUUGGCGUUCAUAGGCAUGAAAAGAAGUAAAUGCAAAGAGUUGCAUCUCAAAAAUUUAGAAUAUAGUUUAGUUGAUGAUCCUUUCUUUAAAAAUAGGUUAUAUUCUCAUAUUGAUUAAAUAUUCCAAGCCUUUUUAAAAUUUGGUGAUUUUGGCUCAAUGCCCAUGAAAAUCAUCAAGCAUCUAAAAGUAUGGUAUGAUUUUUAUUGGACCAAGAAUGAAACCUUGGGGGACACCACAGGUAACAGCUGCAGAUUAAGAGGUUUACUUGCCCAUGGAGAUACUGAAGGAUCUGAUGUGGAGAAAAGAUGGAAAUUAGGGGUCUCUGGACCUGCUUUACGGGUCCAGGGACCCCUGCCCAUUGUUGUGGAUAAGAAUACCGUAAUCUAGAUCCAGGAGUAACAAAAUGGAUUAGUGUCCUGAGUCAGCAGGUGAGAGAAGGUCAUUGGUUAUUCUUAAUGAUGCAGAUUAUUUCAGAUAUACAAUUUGGGUCAGACAGGACAGAGAUUAAAAUACUACUUUUUCUAGAAUUGGGAUAGAAAUGGCAGUUUUGAGAUGGGUCUGUAAUUGAUGAGGACUAAAGGUUUAGAAUCCUGCUAUUUUUAUGUGGUUGGAUCACAGCAUUUUUAAGUUUGCAGGAAACCAUAUAAAAUCGGGAAGAUACAUGGGCCUACUGUGGCUCUAACCGAUUUAAAGAGUUUAACUUGAGUUUACAAGGAGAGAACAAGUUGAAGGCUUCGCUGAAGAGUAUAUGAAUAAAAUAUCAAUAAUUUGUCACUGAAAAAAUUAGGAAAUGCUCACACUUUACAUCAAAUGAGUAUUUCUGAAAUAAAUGACAGAAAAUGUUAAAUUCCUGUACAAUAUUCUUACUUUUUGAGAUGUAACAGAGAGGAGAGCUGGUAAAACUUAUCUAAGGAGACGUAGUGCACAGCAAGCUGUGCAAAACAAAACUUAAGCUAGCUCACCUCCCUACAUAACAUAGUACAAUAAGUGCAUUUAAAAAUGUGCUUUCUUCUUCUUUUUACAGAUUUCUAGAGUUAAUACAGGAGAAAUUUCCAGAUGUGACAUUGUCCCCUGGAUGGAUGGUAAUUCAUGUUUUAACAUGAUUAUGUCACUGUUUAUAAGGGAAAUUUAGGCAUGGCUGAGCAUGUCAGUCAGCUGAUCAUCUGAUCAGAUCCAUAGCUUUACACUGUGAGUCUGUACCAGUGAGUAAGAAAGGAUUCAAAGCUGAUGUUGCCUCUGUUUGUCAGGUGGCCUAUGCUCCCCCUCUGUUCACUGAAACCUACUCUAGAACCAUGGUGGAGGACAUGUAUAACAUGGUCAAGAAUGUCCCACAGCAGGUGAGCUUUCAGAGGACAGGAAUAACAUGAUAUCAGUGCUCGAUCAUUUAUAGGUAGGUGUGUACUCUCCUGUUUGGUCAAAGGCACUUUGACAACCACUAAAGUUUUGCCACUUUUGUUUGUGGUGCAAAAAAUGUCAACAAAGGACUGUUAGGAAGAGGCGCCCUGCAAACUGACACCAGUUUGAUUGAGAAGAGAAUGGUAAACUUUAUUGAAAUGCUGGAAUCGAAUCUACAAUGAACAAAUAUCCUACAUCAAACUCUGUUUUUUUUUUUUUUUUUUUUAUGUUUGAAAGGUUGUCUUUGCCCUAUUCAACAGAAAUUAAGGCUUUCAAUUAUCUUCAAACCACAAAUGUCUUUGAACUUUUCACUCAGUGUCUAAGUUUUUAGGGGUCAGACUUUUGACAAGUAUCUCACCCAACCCUGAUUUAAAAAAUCCAAAAUCCAAAAUGUAGAGCAAUUUUUUUUCCCUCCCAGGUGACAUUUCCUGUCCAUGCCCUGUUGGUCCAGAGAGGGUGGCAGCACAUCAGCUGGCUCCUCAGUCAGUCACCAAGGUAACUAAUAUUUCUCUAAUUUAGGCUUUAUGAGACGAAAACCUGAAGAUCAAUCAUCUAUCGACAGUAAAGAGCCCUACAUCAGUCCUUUUAACUGAGCAUUUAAGUCACUACCAAAAGCAUUUCCUCACACACAAAGAUUCAUUUAUUAAGUAUCAAAUCAAGUAUUACCUUUAAUGUAAAAAUGAAAACAUAACUAGCACACAGAAGGUUCUGUGUUGUAGCCAUCUUUCCGCCUUAAGCUUCACCCUGAACAGGAUCACUUGCACUGCACACCAAAAACGCUUUGCACUGGGUGUCAAACAGAGCCCAGCAUUUAAGACCCGUAAAUUAGGGUCCUAAAACUGUUUUAUGGAUGUUGUUUGGUUCCUAGGUUCAGUCUGACACUGUGGCAGGGGUCAACCCACCCAAAUGUCAGUGACCUGCUGUUCAUCCGUGACAACAGCCAUCCUGCCAGAGUCUACUAUGACAUCUACGAACCAACACUGUCUGAAUUCAAACAGGCUGCAAGUAAGGAGACUGAUUGUAGUGACCCAUUUAUACAUAACCAGUGAUUUUCAAAAGCUGUUUGUCUGAGGCUUUGGAGUUGGAAAAAAAAAAAAAGUAACUUCAUUAACUCCGUGACAGUUCUGACCCAGAGUUACGUCUUAAGCUGUCUGAGUGAGAUCAGCUGUUGCUCAUGUCAAGAAUAGAAAGGACAUUUCUGAAACUCUCAUCAGAUGACAAAGCUUGACAUGGCUGGUUGUUGUGGUUUAAUCAUCGAUGUAUACAUUCUUUCCACAGGGCAGCAGGGUCGUGUCUGGAGGUUCUACCCUGGAGGAAACCUCAUGAACUUUCUGAACCCCGCCAACAGCUCAGACCUGGACUUACCAUCCACAGUCAUACAGCCCAGCAGCCUGGAUGUCAGCUGGUUUACAGUCACUGAUCGCACCUCCUUGCUGGCCCAGCUCUUAGGUUGGCACACUAGACACUCACUGUUGGUAUUUUCUGUCUUUACUGGAGAAAUGAGGAAAAAUCUAUGAGCAGUGCUGGUUAUGACACAGUGUGAUACUGCAUCAAAUCUGCAGCUCUUGACUCUGAGGUGCUCACUUGAGGCUUAGAGGCUUGGAUUUAAAAAAAAAUGCAGAGCAGCUGAACAGAGACUAAAUAAGACACCCUCCUGAUAAAAAAAUUACUAAAACGGUCUGGUAAGUCAAACACAAAGAGCUGGGUUAUAAAACUAGGCCCAGAAACUACCAUUAGAAAAUUUACAUUCACACAACCUCUCACUGGCCCUCAUUUAUCGAGCUUGCGUACGGCAGAAAACUUGCAUACACCUUGCGUACGACAAUUUUGACGUAAGGAUCGGCAUUUAUCAAAAAUGAGUGUACGCUAUGACCAAAUCUAAUGACAGGUCUGACAUCGUGUACGCAAGUUUGAGUUAGUGUGGAUCUACGGUGCAGCAAAUGUCUGUCUCAAAAUCAUUGAUAUACAAACCUCAAACCUGUCACUUAGCACAAUCAGCCAGAUUUCAUUAAAGAUUAAGACGUAAAUAAAAUAUAAUAAAAUAAAUUUAUAGUGUCCUUAGUGAAUAGGCCUAUUUGAUAACUCUGUCCAGAAACACUGCCACAGAGCAGGAGCGCCGUUUCAACAUUACGCAGACACGCCACUAUGGAGCGCUGUGUCUGACUCCUAAAAGGCAGUUAGCUCUGUUUUGGGACAGCAGCGGGGAUGUUGUUGUACAUUCCUGAAAGGGUGUGGGACAUCAUUUGAGCCAGCGCAGUUUUGCACAAUGUUGCACUGGCGAAUGGAGUACCGUUGACUGUGCCGGUGCAACGUGAGGAUCCGAUGCCUGGAGAACAAUAACGAGGAGAGACUCCACAAAGGUGCUGCACAGAGGAGACAGGACCUUAUUGAUGGAUUCUGACAUGUAAAGUGUAAGUUUAGAAAGUGCUCUUUCUAUUUAAUCAGUUAUUAAAAUCCAAUAGAAAUCCAUAAAAAUGUGCCUCAGGGGCAGCAACACACAGUUUGGUGAGGUUAAUAAUUAUUUUUGUUCAGCCUCUGUCAGACUCUCCAGUCUGCUCUACAUUACAAAGACGCAACAAAUUAAAACUAAAUACUUUUAAUAAUAGGAGCAACGUACCCUAUGUCAUGGAAAUACAAAAAAAGAGGCAUGUAUGAGAUAUUAAUUUAUCAUCAUGAGCAAUUUAUUGACUAAUGAUUUAUUCAAACUUCAGCCACUGUCCACUAUUCCACGGUAGUGCUGUUCAUUGCCACCAUAAUCCUGCUCCAGACAGGAGUUUUCUGGACUGCUUUUAUACCAGUUUUGACGCUUCCAAAGAGCAAAUCCUUGUUCAUUUCCACCACAGAUGUGAGGAUAUCCACUUUCAGCUCAGAAAAGUUUUGCAUCUUUCUAAUAUUUCUCCUCUUUCAUGUUUGACGAUCGAUUUCAGCCGCCGCAUUUAUCAAGACCCGAUCAUACAUACGCUGGAAUUGGUCUGAUACGAACCCUUUCAUAAAUCUCACGUGUCCCAUCGUACGAUGAAUCCUGUGCUCAGAUCUGCACAAAUUUGAUAAAUGAGGGCCACUAUCUCUGAUGGUGAGACAAUGAGUCAGUACUGGGAGCUGGAGCUCAAGAGUACUGUAUAUAUAAGUUUCCACCACCUGCUCCAAAUCAGGGCAAUCAGGCACACGCACACACACACACACACACACACACACACACACACACACACACACACACACACACACACACACACACACAAUGCUUGGAUUAGCGCAGGAUCAGGAUCCGGUCCUGCUCCUCUGGACAGUACCCCUUCCAGUAAGUACAACAAAGUACUGUCAACCUUGUCCCACCCUGCAGUUUAAGAUGGAAUAAAAUGGGGAAACUAGUCAACCAUCUUGAGAGGAGGUACUAGUGCUCUGCUGGUACGAGUGAGCUGGAGUGGACUAGUUUGAGGCAGGAAAACAUAAAAAGUGGGGUGGAUAUUUAUAGACGACGGAGCAGGAGGUGAACCGUCACUUGGCCCACAAAACAUGGUGCCAGCUUAUGGAACACGACCCACAGUUUUGGAGAGCCAAACCCUCUGGCUAACCCAGUACAGUGGUGCAAGGUGACGCUGUUGGACAGCGUAAUGCUUCUGUCAUGAAGUUGCCCUCUGAAAUGAGGCUCAGACCUGUCUCUGGGUAGCUCUGCAUUGGACAAACUGAGCAGCUUAAAGCACUCCUAUGUCCUUCUAGAAAAAGGGGUGGUUGAUAUCCAUACUGAUACUUAAACGGUGAGAGGCUGGGGAUGUGUGCUUCAGGGUGUUGCAAGAAUAUUCUGCCAUGGGUAGCUGCUCACUCCAAGUGGUUGGGUUUGCAGAGACAAGUCAACAUAGAGUCCUCUCCAGGGUUUGAUUUGUGCUCUCUGUCUGGCAUAAAGCCUUGGAUAAAGCCUCAAGGACAAACUGGCAGAGGCACCAACAAGGGUGUGAAAUGCCCUCCAGAACUGGGAAGAAAAUUGUGGACCAACCCCUACCAUGAUAACUGUGCACUCCUUUGACAGAGGUCACUCAGUAAUAAAAUCCAGGGCCAUGUGUGGCCAUGGUCAAUGAGGACUGGGCAGAGGCUGAAGAAGACCACAGGGGGGGACACAGAUGUGGUACAAGCUUCCAGCAACUCCUGCACACCUUUCCCCAUCUAAGGCCACAAGUAUCUUCUUCCAAGGAAAUCCAGGGUGCAGCAUACCCCUGGAUUAUCAGUACGGUGGUACGAGUGUCCCCACUGGAGAACCUUUGAGCGCACACCUGUUGGAACAAAUUACUGACCGCUGAGCCUCUUGAACCACUGUAUCUAUUCCCCUAAGUGGUGCAAGGAUGCGACUGGAUGGAACAAUGGGCCCAGGAGACUCGUCCUGGCCUGAACUGUGAAACUGACAUGCAUGUCUGGCAUUGCCACAUCUGAAAUGAUCUAUUCUGCAGAGAAGGAGGGAGGAUGGUGGUCUGGAUGUUUUUCUGAACUUUGAACUUUAUUCUUGGGUGUUUGUGCUAAGGCCCCUGAUCUCCUGAUUUGACUCCCACUCCUCUGUCUUUCGGCACAUGUUGGAGAACAAUUGUUUCCGUAGUCAUUUCAAGAUGUUCUCUUUAUCAACAUAUUUUAAAAACAUUGUCAACUAGGCCCUGGUCCCAUUAAUUCUCAUCAUGUGCUGGUAUGGAAAUUAACUAAAAACCACUGUUGUCUUUCCUUCAAGGGGCACACUUUUUCUCCAAUAUUCAAUAAUAGGGUACUUCUGAUUGGAGGAGGACCUAUCUCUUCUUCCCCACCUUGUCUUACUCCCUGUAGAGAAGAUCUGGAGGAGAAACUGUCCAGACCUAGCCCAGGAUUUCAAUGGGCAUGUGGUGUGGCCCAGAAUUCACAAUGCAGAUCAUGAGCAAAUUCACUUUAAUUUCCUACACUGAACAUACUGUAUUUCACCCUUGUCAAGCUCUAUGACUUGAAAAUCAGUAAUGAUCCAUGUUGUAAUCUAUGCUCAUUAAAAGCUUAGAGUUCAUUAUUCUACUCUUUAAGUAUUCCACUGCACAUGUGUCAGCGUGCUGUUUGAAAUCCUCCCGGCUGCUCUACCACUUGGAUACAUUUUAGCAGAUUUUAACCGGUUUUAAGUAUCUUUUUUUUACCAGAUUUUUAGAUACUUUCGAUUUUUUUACCGUCUCUUGUGUGUGAAAGGACUUUCUUAUUUUUCGGCUCACUAAAUGCUAAUAUUCUUGGAUAACCAAGCCGAUUUUAGAAGCAAAAUCUGUGAGCUGGAGCAGCGAAUCUCAACACUAUACCAGAUCCAGGACACCGAGAAGUACUUGGACACAAUAAUCCUCAGAGCGGCUCCGGCUUCCUCGGGUGCCAAGUUGAAGGACACAGCCCCUGUUGCGUCUUCCUCUAUGGAUGUGGCCUCCACAUUUCCCGGGGCCUCUGCUGCUUCCAUCGUGGCCCCAAUUCCUGCUUCACGGUCGAUGACUGUCGAGCCACCUCGACAAUCUGUGGGCUCUUUUGGGAGCCAAACUCAAAGUCUCAGCCGGUGCUUCGCGCUUCCACCUCUCCGCCUGGUUGAAUCAAAACAACUCGGACUCCAGUGUGGAUCUACCUGGGUUCACUCUCAUAAGGUCAGACAGAGAUGCUCAAGCUAGUGGCAAGAAGAAAGGAGGAGGUCUGGCUUUAUUUGUCAACCAGAGAUGGUGUAACCCUUCACACAUAACUAUCAAGGAGAAGUUGUGUUGUCCAGAUAUUAAACUGUGGGCAGUUGCUCUUCGGCCAUAUUAUGUUCCAAGAGAAUUUAGUCAUAUAACAGUAGUUGUUUACAUUCCACCCAAAUCAACUGUUAUGAUGUUUUGCAAAAUAGUGUUGCCAGGCUACAGACUCAACACCCCGAGUCACUGAUGAUAAUAUCGGGAGACUUCAGCCACGUCACCCUCAUUUCUCACCUGACUGGAUUCACACAGUUUGUGAACUGUCCUACCAGAGAAAACAAAACCCUGGAUCCGCUGUAUGCCAACGUCAAAGAAGCCUACAGUGCCACUGCCUUACCACCGCUGGGCAAGUCAGAUCAUAACUUGGUCUAUCUGCAAACGUGUUACAGACCUUGUGUUCUGAGGCAGCCUGUGACCAAAGUCAAAAUAAGAAGAUAAACACCUCAAGCCAAUAAGCUCUAAGGGACUGUUUUAAAUCAACAGACUGGAAUGUGCUACUGGAAACAGAUGUGGAUAGUAUGAACACUGAUAAACAGGUUAUGUCAAAUUCUGUAGAGACACAGUUAUACCCACAAAAACUGUUUGCGGUUUCCCCAACAACAAACCCUGGAUCACAAGAGACAUAAAAGCAAUCCUUAACCAGAAAAAGAAAGCUUUUAAAGAUGGUGACAAAGAACAACUCAAACAAGUGCAACAAGAGUUGAAGAGGAGACUGAAGAUGGCAAAGCUGGAGUACAAAAAGAAGAUAGAGAAGAAUCUACAACACAGCAACAUCCGUGAAGUGUAGAGAGGAAUCAGUACCAUCUCUGGAAACAGCAGUCAAAAGAAAAGACAGCCAGUGGUGGGUGAUGUGAAAAGAGCUGAUGAACUCAACCUGUUCUUCAACAGAUUUGACACUGCUGUCACUCCCACUUACACUAGUACUCCACCUUCCUCUCGGCAACAGAUCUCCACUAGAACUUCUCCCCUUCCUCCUCCAUCUCAUUCAAAUGUCUCAACCACUUCAACUGCCUCUCACCUAGAACACCAGUCCUUGUCUGUCACCGAAACAGGGGUGAGGAUUGAGCUUGGAAGACUUUGUCCUGGGAAGGCAGCUGGUCCAGAUGGUCGGUGUCCAAGGCUGCUUAGAGACUGUGCUGCAGAACUGUGUCAACUUCUCCACAAGAUCUGCAACCUGAGUCUACAGCUGGGGCAGGUACCUGCUCUGUGGAAAACAUCCUGCAUUGUGCCAGUACCAAAAACAAAAUGUCCUGCUGAACUCAAUGACUACAGACCAGUGGCCCUCACUUCACACAUCAUGACAACCCUGGAGUGGAUGAUUCUACACCUUCUGAGGUCUGAGGUCAAAGACAAACUAGACUCCCUGCAGUUUGCAUACAAAGAACACAUUGGAGUGGAUGAUGCUGUCCUCUACAUGCUUCACCAUGUCUCAUCUGGAGGAACCUGGGGUUUAUGUGAGGAUCAUGUUCUUCGACUUUUCAAAUGCAUUCAACACCAUCCAACCCACCAUACUCAAAGACACGCUCACAGAGAUGGGAGUGGAUCCUUCCUGUGUUUCCUGGAUCGCAGAUUACCUGACAGGAAGGCCACAGUUUGUCAGGCUGGGGAACUGUGUUUCUGGGACAUUCAUGAGCAGUACAGGGGCUCCACAAGGGACAGUGCUGGCGCCAUUCCUGUUCACACUGUGCACAUCAGAUUUCAAAUACAGUACUAAGUCCUGCCACAUCCAGAAAUACUCAAAUGACACUGCUAUUGUGGCAUGUAACAGAAAUGGACAAGAAGCUGAAUACAGAGAUCUAAUUAGAGUCUUCAGUGACUGGAGUCACAAAAACUGCCUCCUCCUCAACACCUUAAAGACAAAAGAGAUGGUCAUAGACUUCCAUAGAUCCAAACCCCCUCUUCAGCCAGUGAACACCUGUGGAGUGGACAUCGAAGUAGUGACAUCAUUUAAAUACCUAGGUUUACAUCUGGAUAAUAAGUUGGAUUGGUCUAAGAAUAUAGACUACAUCUACAGAAAGAAGUAGAGCCGCCUCUUUUGCCUGAGAAGACUCCGAUCAAUAGACAACUGUAGUAAGACGCUGCAGAUGUUUUAUCAGCCUGUGGUGGCAAGUGUGCUGUUCUACGCCGCAGUCUGCUGGGGAGGAAGCAUCAAACAUAGAGAUGCGAGGCGUCUUAACAAACUGGUGAAACCACAAAACUAACCCCAAAGUUCUCUUUUCAACAACUGACAGCAUUUUAAACCCUGAUUUUAGUAAACGUCUUUUUAAUCCCACUGAUGCCCUCUGUGAGGAAUUUGCAGACCACUUCAUGGGGAAGAUGAAUCAGAUGCAACAUUUUAUUAUGUCAAAUUACUCUUUUUAGUGCAUCCGAGUGUUUGUCUUUACCUGAGGAGACACUGGACCGAUUUGUUCUGGUUAAUGCUGAGAUGCUGGAUAAAGUUUUCUCCUCAGUGAGGCCCACCACAUGUCUUUUAGACCCUGUCCCAACCUCAUUCUUUAAGUUUUUUUAUGAUUCUUUUAGAAAUGAGCUUUUAAACAUGGUGAAUUGCUCUCUUCAGAUGGGGGUACUUCCCGCUGCCUUUAAAGCGGCAGUGGUGAGGCCCCUGCUGAAGAAGGGCAAUUUAGAUCUUAAUGAUUUGAACAAUUACAGGCCAGUGUCUAACUUACCAUUUUUAAGUAAAAUUUUUGAAAAACUUGUUUUUAUCCAACUUCAAGAAUUUUUAGAUAAUCAUAAUAUUCUUGAAAAGUGUCAGUCUGGUUUUAGGGUGAACCACAGCACCGAGACCGCCUUGGUAAAGAUUUUAAAUGAUAUUAGAUUUAACUAGAAAAACUGCAUUUCCUUGCAGAAAAUGCGUGGAAAUGCUGAGUGCUGAAAGCUGAAAAAAGCGAUGCAAAACUGCUAAUAAAAAAUCGAAGAAUGUUUAAAUGUGAAAUUGGUUAAAGGGCUGAAAAGUAGAAACAGUAGCAAUAGUAGUUGAAGUAGAGGUCAAAGUUAGUUAGUUGUUAGUUAGUUAGUGUUAGCAGAGUGGGUUUUUCCUGCACAACGUUUAGCGAAAAAACACACAUAACACACGAGUGUUUCUUUCUGAGUGAGCCAACGCACACGCACGGGCUCAGCUGUUUUAAUUAGAGACAGCAUACCUGUGACCAAUUCACUGAUUAGGAUCACGUGACAUGACGUCUAGAUUGACAAGGUAGUGACAAAAAGAAUGACGUCUAGAAACAAAAAAUGAAAUGAGAGCACAUCUCAACACCCCCGCUUGCUCACAUUUUCUCACAUUAUACAGAACUCAUGUCAACAGAAAUUCCACAGGUUUUUACUUUUUUUUUUUUUUUUCUCUUUACAUUAGUCAAAAAAUCAUACAGUUCAGAGUCCAUUAAUAGUACAUAGUUCAUUCACCAAACAUAAAGGUUUCAAAGUCCAUUAACUUCAGCUUACUGGCUGGUUUCGUCAGGAUGUCUGCAACCAUCUCAUUGGUUGGGCAGUACUCCAAUAUCAUAUCAUCCUUCUGUAAAGUAGAUCUUAUAAAGUGGUAUUUAAUGUCCACAUGUUUACAUCUUUGUUUUUGUACGGGGUUUUUGGCUAGAGCUAUAGUGCCCUGGUUGUCUUCAUAGAUUGAACACUUGUACACCCGUCCAUCAAAAUAUUUCAAAAGCUGUUUUAAGUAUAGGCACUCCUGCAUAGUUGCAGCUAGAGUCAUGUACUCAGCCUCGCAAGUAGAUGGUGCAACUGUAGGCUGUCUUUUAGUUUUCCAUGACACAAUUGGUCCAUUUCUGUUCAGGCUAAUACAGUAACCUGUCGUGCUUUUUCGAUCAAUAUCAGCGGCCCAAUUAGCAUCACUAUAAACAUAGAUUAUGUUUUCAUCUUUGUGCUUUCUGAAGCUUAGUUCUUUAUUCUGAGUACCUUUUAAGUAUCUCAGCACAUGCUUUACUGUUGUCCAUUGAUCAGUGGUUGGUCUAGUGAAAUACUGGGACAGUUUACUCACUAUAAAACUCAGAUCAGGCCUUGUACAAGUUGCUAAGUAUAUCAAGCUCCCAACUGCUUCUCUGUAUUUUUUCACAUCAUCCAUUACUUCAGCAUCAUCAUUGUAAUCAAGUUUCUGUUCACAAGGGGUAGCUCUGGACUUACAGUUUGACAUGUCAAAUCUCUCCAGUACUUUCUGUACGUACUUGCAUUUUAACAUCUUAACACAAUCUUCAGACUGUUCAAAGUCAAUUCCCAGAAAAUAUCUUAGUUUGCCUAGGUCUUUCAUUCUGAACUUUGAUUUCAACAUUUCUUUGACACGUUGUAAGACAUCAUCAUCAUUAGCAGCAAUAAUCAAAUCAUCGACCCAUACUAUCAUGUGAACUUUUUCUGUGUCAGUAAUUCUGCUAUAAACACAAUGAUCAGCCGGAUUCUGGACGAACUGCAUCUCACACAAAUGAUCAUGAAACAUUUUGUUCCAGUUGCGUCCUGAUUGUUUUAGACCAUACAGGGAUUUUUGUAGUUUGCACACUAGUUUGUCGCCUUCUUUUGAUGUAACUUCAUAACCUUCCGGUUGUUCAAUGUAGAUUUCACAUUCAUUUGGUGCAUAAAGAUAAGCUGUUUUUACAUCCAUCUGGUGGACAACUAGAUUAUCCUGAGCUGCCUUCUGUGCUAAUACUCGGAUACUGGUCAUAUUAGCUGUAGGGGAGAAAGUCUCAUCAUAGUUUACCCCCUUCUUUUGGCUAAAUCCUUUUGCUACAUAUCGGGCUUUGUAUUUGUCUGUUCCAUCAAUGUUCUUUUUCAGUGCAUAAAUCCAUUUAACCCCCACUACAUCCUUGCCCUUGGGAAGAGUGGUUAAGGUAAAGGUUACAUUAUCUUGCAGUGAUUGCAUUUCUUCGUCCAUAGCAUCUACCCAUUCUUUUGCAUUGACUGAAGUGAUUGCUUCUGUGUAUGUUUGAGGAACAUUACAAAGGAGUCUGUAACAGUAGUCAAUAUUAGUAAUAUCCUCAUCAAAACCACAUGCAUGAUCACCAUAAAAGUCAGGCUUUCUUCUCUCUCUGUCAGGGUAACGUUUCUCAUCAGGUUUGUAGUCUUCCUUUCUACCUUCUUCAUUUUCUGUCUUCACUGUUUGUGCAUUUUGUUCAUCUUUCAUAUCUGCCUCAUCGUUUGUUAGCACUUCCUGGCUUCCUACUCGUGGGUUAGCUAGUGGGAUUAUCACAGAUUUUCUCUCAUUUUGAAUGUCAAAAUCAUCUUCUGCAUCCAGUACCUCCUCCUUCUUGUUGCUAACAAACUCUACAAGUCUGUGUUUUUGUACUUUUCUGGUGCUGGGAUAGUACACCAAGUAAGCAGGACUAUUCUUGUCAUAGCCAAUAAAAACGCCUCUCUCGCAUUUAGAGUCCAACUUUCCUUUUUGUUGUUUGUAAGCAUAACAGUCUUGUCCAAAUUUCUGCAUUCUGGCAAUGUUUGGCUGCCUGCCUGUUAACAUAUAGUAAGGUGUCUGUUUUGUGCGAUUAUUGAAGCAUCUAUUCCUCACUACAGCAGCUGUCUGGACAGCAUAGGUCCACAGCAUCUUUGGCAGCUUGCUCUCUAUUAGCAUACACCUGGCCAUUUCAAACAGGGUUCUCCAAUUGCGUUCUGCUGUACCGUUUUGGUGUGGAGAAUAUGGGGCGGAAGUCUCAUGCCUAAUACCCAUCCUACACAUUAAUGCUUGGUACUCUCUACAUGUGUACUCUGUACCAUUAUCAGAUCGCAUACAUUUUAUUUUGCCAUAGGGCGCUACAUCAGCAAUGAAUUUUUCUGUAGCUAGUACAGUGUCACUCUUGUGUUUCAAAAAGUAAACAAAAAUUGCACUAGAGUAAUCAUCUGUAAAAGAAAGUGCAUAUUUAUGUCCAUCUUUAGACAUUGGAUCUAUAGGACCGGCUAGGUCAGUAUGUACCAUGUCUAGAGGCACUUUAGCCCUCACAUCUGGCCCUCGGUUUCUAGUUUGGAUAAACUUCCCCUGAAUGCAUACUUCACACUGUGAAACAGGUUUGUUACCUUCAUCUUUAAUUUCCAUUCCAUUAACAACAUUUUUCAGUUUCAUUAUGUCUGCAUAAUUGCAAUGACCCAAGAUUUCAUGCCAGCUCUGCAGAUCAAGGCUUUUCUUACACUGGUCAGUCUUACUCAUGUUCUCUGAUGUGUGCAGGUAGUAAAGUUUGUUGUGUACGUGUAUGGGGAAUUUGGUACCGUCUCUGUGCAGCAGCACAUUCUUCUUCUCACUGAAGGUCACGGUGGCUCCGUUGGAAGUGGCAGCUUUCACAGAAAAGAUAUCUUGUGGGUAGGUCGGGAUGUGUAAGGCACCCCUCAGCGUUGUUCGGAAGCUUCUGCCCCCGCUGUCGAUGAGCCACACCUCCGCAUCACCUCUGCAUUUGGCCACGCCUUUGCAUCUGGAGCCAUCAGCAAGUUCCACGCAGUGGGUCCCGGCUUGGAAACUGCUGUUAAACUUCCUGAACUUUGUGAUGUCAGUGAUUAUGUGGGACGUCGCACCGGCGUCCACCAUCAGACCCUUCCACUUGAUAUCCAGCGUUGAUUCAUCAGAGUCGCAUACCCGAAAUGCAUACUCUUUGCCCCCGGUCUCGUCUGCUGCUUUACGCACAUCAUCCCACUGCUUGUUUCGUCUGCAGCUCGCACUAUAGUGUGUGUUAUUUUUGCAGUGGCUGCACCAUCGCCUGCAUGAACAUGUUCUGGCUAUGUGUCCACUUGCACCACACUUGAAACACAAAAUGUCCAUAUAAUUGCUGUCCUUUGCUCCGGUGGGCGCACGCUUUGUGCCAAACUGUAUUUUUGCCUUCAUGACAUUGUCCUCAGACACAGUUGCGCGCAUGUUUUCAACAUCUUCAUAACUUCGGAGCUUUGUCCUUAAAUCAGCGAAAGUCAUUUUAGCUUCAUCCUCGCUCUGGGUUACAUGUAUGGCAAAAGGUUUAAAUGUCUCUGGUAACCCUUUCAGCACCAUUGCUAUUAAAAGUCCAUCACUGAGCGUUUCACCUGCGUUCCUCAGGGCUGUAAUCGCAGUCUCUGCUCUGAUGACAUACUCCGUGACAUUCUCGGUGGGCGACUUCUGCAGUGAGGUUAACUCUGUGUACAAGUUAAUUAUUCUGGGCUUGCCUUUCCCAGCAUAGUACUCACGGAGAAUCUUCAGCGCACCACGUCCAUCAUCUGCAGCUUCACGCAUCACCAGCGACAGGCUCUUGUCAUCCAAAAACUGAAUGAGCUCUGCAUAGGCCUCUGCGUUUUUCACGUCAUCUUCAUCAUCUUCAUCGUCGGGUUCAUUUAGGAUCGUGCCUUUCAAUCCUUGGAGACAUAGAUGGCCCAAAAACUUGGUUUCCCAUAUCUCAUACUUUUUCUCGUCACCAUCAAAAACGAGCCUCGCCCAGCGGCUACUUGUUGCCUCCUUUCCCUUUCUGCUCAUUCUCUCGGCUCUCAGGUGCACGCAGUACAAGCAACGACUUUCACCUGGCAGGUCACUUAAAACUAUGCGUUAUGGGAUUAUCCUAGGCCCAUAACCUGUUAGCAGAGUGGGUUUUUCCUGCACAACGUUUAGCGAAAAAACACACAUAACACACGAGUGUUUCUUUCUGAGUGAGCCAACGCGCACGCACGGGCUCAGCUGUUUUAAUUAGAGACAGCAUACCUGUGACCAAUUCACUGAUUAGGAUCACGUGACAUGACGUCUAGAUUGACAAGGUAGUGACAAAAAGAAUGACGUCUAGAAACAAAAAAUGAAAUGAGAGCACAUCUCAACAGUUAGUUUAUUUGAUCAUCAUCACAGUAUCAAAUGCAAUCAUACAUAUACAAAAUCAUACUUCAUCAAAAGCAGUCUGUAACACUGUUAGGUGAUCAAAAAGAAUAGGCAGAAGCUCGAAGCUUGUAGAUGCCUAUCCUACAUACUCAUAUUUGUACCAAAAUUAGUUUAGUUACUCAGAAUAUAUAAAGAGUACGUUUGUCUAGCUGAGCAUACCAUAGUAAAAGCAAAGCAAGAACAGAACAAAAAAGGAUCAGCAACCAGAGGAAACAGAAAGCAUGUAAUUUAAUUUAGGAUCAAAAUAGAUCAAAAUUUCUAACUUAUUUAAAUCCUACAUAUUAUUUAGUAAUCAUUAUCGUAUGGAUUAUUAUAGUUAUAAAUAAAUCCAUAUAUAUAUAUAUAAGGCUCAUAUAUAUACUCAUAUAUACUCAUAGAUAUACCUACAUAUAUCUAUAUAUAAACAUACAUACAUAACUACAUACAUACACAUACAUACACACAUACACAUAUUCAUAUAUAUAUACAUACAUAUACAUACACAUGCAUAUACACACAUACAUAUAUAUAUACAUGCAUUCACACCUUAUUAAGCUACGGUAUGUUUUUGUAUUUAUGCAGGAUAUUACAUUUAAGCCAUUUUUUAAACUGGGUGAUAGUAGUACUAUGUUUAACCUCCUCAGUCAAGCCAUUCCAAAUCUUUACACCACAGACAGACAUGCACAUACUUUUCCUAGUGGUAUUAGCACUGCGUUGUUUUAAAUUCAGUUCCCAUCUUAGAUUAUAACCUCCCUCCCUAUCCCUCAACAUUUCUAGGAGGUUCCCUUACUUUGUACAUAGUUAGAGCGGUUUUAUAUUCAACUAAAUCUACAAACUUCAUUGAGUAUGACCUUAAGAAAAGCUCAUUUGUGUGUUCAUAAUAACCUACCUUAUGCACUAUUCUUAUUGCUCUUUUUUGUAUUAUGGAUAAAGGCUGAAGGUUGCUUAUAGAAGUAUUUCCCCACACUUCCACACAAUAAGACAGAUAUGGUAAUAUUAGAGUAUUAUACAAGGUUAGCAAUGACUUAUGAUUUAAAAUAUGCCUUGUUUUGCCUAGGACACCAACACUCCUUGCAACUUUGGACCGGACAUACUUUAUAUGAGGUUUCCAACUGAAUUUGUGGUCAAUUAUCACUCCCAAAAAGAUGCUCUCAUAAACUCUCUCCAGAUUUACAUGAUCUAUUUUUAACUCCACCUGUGUAUUCAAUGGUAUUUUUUUUAUUACCAAAGAUCAUAAAUGUGUUUUUUUUUUUUUUCAGAUUAAGAGAUAAUUUGUUUGUAUCAAACCAAAAUUUUAGUUUGUUAAGUUCAACUGACACCUCCUCCACCAGCUGCUGAAGAUCCUUCCCAGCACAAAAAAUGUUAGUGUCGUCCGCAAAAACCACACAUUUAAGAAUACUUGAGACCUUACAAAUAUCAUUUAUAUAUAAAAUAAAUAGUUUAGGGCCUAGUAUGGAGCCUUGGGGUACUCCACAAGUGAUGGGUGAACUAGAUGACCUAUACUCACCCAUCUGAACAUACUGUUUUCUAUUUUCAAUGUAGCUCUUAACCCAAUUAAGUUCUACCCCUCUAAUACCAUAUCUUUCCAUUUUUUCAAGUAGUAUAUCAUAGUUAAUUGUAUCAAAAGCUUUUCUUAAAUCUAUAAAAAUGCCUAGAACAAAUUUGUUAUUAUCAAUUGAUGAGGUCAAUUCUUCAAUCAACUCCAUCAAUGCCAUUGUGGUUGACCAACCAGAUCUAAAUCCACAUUGGCCAUCCAUCAAUGUACUGUGUUUUUCUCUGAAUCUGUCCAACCGUGCAGGAAAUAUUUUUUCCAGAAUUUUAGAGAACUGUGAUAAUAGGGAAAUAGGUCUAUAAUUAGACCUAUUUCUUACAGGCAUUCACCAAUCCCUUUGUCAUCCAGGGUUUAUCAACAGACUUUGAAGUUUUUCUAUAUUCUAUUAUUGGGCAGUUUCUAUCAUAUAAUAAUAAGAAUAUAUUUAGGAAAUUAUCAUAUGCUAUGUCAACAUCCUCUGCUUCAUACACAUUUGUCCAGUUUUGAAAUAGUAGAUCUCUCUGAAAUGCAAUUCGGGCUUCCUCAGUUCUCACUCUUCUAUAUGUUUUCUUAUCAUCCUCCAUCUUCAUUAUAUAAUCACAGUCAUAGAUUGCAAAGACCGGCAGAUGAUCACUGAUAUCGUUCAUGAGUAUUCCACUCAGUAUAUUGUUCUCCAUAUUAUUAGUAUAUACACUCACCGGCCACUUUGUUAGGUACACCAUGCUAGUAACGGGUUGGACCCCCUUUUGCCUUCAGAACUGCCUCAAUUCUUUGUGGCAUAGAUUCAACAAGGUGCUGGAAGCAUUCCUCAGAGAGCUUGGUCCAUAUUGACAUGAUGGCAUCACACAGUUGCCGCAGAUUUGUCGGCUGCACAUCCAUGAUGCGAAUCUCCCGUUCCACCACAUCCCAAAGAUGCUCUAUUGGAUUGAGAUCUGGUGACUGUGGAGGCCAUUUGAGUACAGUGAACUCAUUGUCAUGUUCAAGAAACCAGUCUGAGAUGAUUCCAGCUUUAUGACAUGGCGCAUUAUCCUGCUGAAAGUAGCCAUCAGAAGUUGGGUACAUUGUGGUCAUAAAGGGAUGGACAUGGUCAGCAACAAUACUCAGGUAGGCUGUGGCGUUGCAACGAUGCUCAAUUGGUACCAAGGGGCCCAAAGAGUGCCAAGAAAAUAUUCCCCACACCAUGACACCACCACCACCAGCCUGAACCGUUGAUACAAGGCAGGAUGGAUCCAUGCUUUCAUGUUGUUGACGCCAAAUUCUGACCCUACCAUCCGAAUGUCACAGCAGAAAUCAAGACUCAUCAGACCAGGCAAGGUUUUUCCAAUCUUCUGUUGUCCAAUUUCGAUGAGCUUGUGCAAAUUGUAGCCUCAGUUUCCUGUUCUUAGCUGAAAGGAGUGGCACCCGGCGUGGUCUUCUGCUGCUGUAGCCCAUCUGCCUCAAAGUUCGACGUACUGUGCGUUCAGAGAUGCUCUUCUGCCUACCUUGGUUGUAACGGGUGGUUAUUUGAGUCACUGUUGCCUUUCUAUCAGCUCGAACCAGUCUGGCCAUUCUCCUCUGACCUCUGGCAUCAACAAGGCAUUUCCGCCCACAGAACUGCCGCUCACUGGAUAUUUUUUCUUUUUCGGACCAUUCUCUGUAAACCCUAGAGAUGGUUGUGCGUGAAAAUCCCAGUAGAUCAGCAGUUUCUGAAAUACUCAGACCAGCCCUUCUGGCACCAACAACCAUGCCACGUUCAAAGUCACUCAAAUCACCUUUCUUCCCCAUACUGAUGCUCGGUUUGAACUGCAGGAGAUUGUCUUGACCAUGUCUACAUGCCUAAAUGCACUAAGUUGCCGCCAUGUGAUUGGCUGAUUAGAAAUUAAGUGUUAACGAGCAGUUGGACAGGUGUACCUAAUAAAGUGGCCGGUGAGUGUAUAUUGUCUAUUAAAGUAGCAGAAUGUGUAGUUAUUCUAGUAGGUUUGGUUAUAAUAGGAUAUAAACUCAUACUAUACAUUGUAUCACUAAAUUCAUCGAUUAAUAUAUUAUUAUUAGGAUUCAGAAGAUCAAUAUUAAAGUCUCCAACGAUAUAAGCAACCUUCUGCUCAGUCCUUGCGAACAUCCCCUUCAUGAAGUUCUUGAAAGUCUCAAUACUGUAAUCUGGAGCUCUAUACACACAGCUAACAACAAUGUUUUUCUUUUCCUCCAUAAGAAUCUCUAUAGUAACACACUCACACACAUCAUCAAUGGCAGUAGUCAUGCUUUCAACGAUCUUAUAUUUUAAUCUGCUGUCUACAUAAAGGGCAGUACCUCCCCCUUUUUUAUUUAUUCUAUUCAUAAAAUUUAAAUCAUAGCCCUCUAUUUCAAAAUCCAGUCCUCUCUCCGAACUAAGCCAAGUUUCAGAGAUGGCAAUCACAUUAAAUGGUGUAGUAAACCGUCUCAAGUAAUCUCUAAUACAUUCAAAGUUAGCAUAUAGACUCCUGCCAUUGAAGUGUAUGAUUGAUAUACAAUGAUCCAACUUGAUAUUAUUUUUAAACUGGUCGUCUGUGUAAUAGCAGCAGUUAUUAUUUGCAUUCAUAAAGAAAUUACUAUCAGGAUCAAUAUCCAGAUUCAGGUCAUGCAUGAUGUGUCAAAAUCAAGAGCCAAUGACAUAGCCAGCCCAACGUCCUCAUGCCUGCACUCUGUCGUGGAAGUUUUUUCUUCUAUUGCUGCUGGUGAAGAAUGAAAUAGAGACUUCUGCCGGCCGGUUUUAUUUUCUUUGCAAAGAAAAGGUCAAUCUGCAUCCGAGCGGUCAGAAUCAAGAAAGACCCAGAACAUGGGGAAACCUGAACAUUUAUGCUUGAGGACCGCCCCUCAGAGGGCAAGGAAUGGGGCUUUGAUGUUGGCACCUUUUGUUUUCUUUUUUUUUCUUUUUCUUUUUUUUAUUUGUGCAGUGUGACAAUACAAGACAUACAACAAACAACAGCAUUUGUGGUUUUGUGUGUGUGUGUGUGUGUGUGUGUGUGUGUUUGUGUGUGUGUGUGUGUGUGUGUGUGUGGUGUGUAUUAUAUAUGUGAAUAAUAAUGAAGAAAAUAAAUAAAUAAAUAUUACAAUUGUCAGACGAGCAAAAGAAAAUUAUAAUACACGAACAAUAUCAAUAAUAAUAAUAAUAAUAACAAUAAUAAUAGUAAUCAUAACAAUAAUAAUAAGAAGAAGAAGGAGAAGAAGAAAAAGAAGAAAAAGAAGGCACCUUUUGUUUUCUGUGGGGACCGUCACUUCACCCCCCUGGGGUGGUGGUGGUGAUGCUUCACACCUGGAGUAUCCUGCAGGAUGUUGUAUCUUGCUGGGAAAUUAGGGAAGUCUAGACAUCAUAAUUAACUGAUAUGUUGGAAGGAAAGUCUGUUGUGGGGGGCACCUCAAGCAGUUCUAUCAGAGAUAUUAAAAUUACAAUUACAACUCGCGCACAGACUCAUGCACACACACACACACACACACACACCCACCAUCAACUCGCCGAGAGAAAGAGGGAGAGAGAGAGCAAGAAGAAAAGAAAGAGAGCGAGAGGGAAAGCGAGAGUUAUAGUGCAUUGCGCCCACAACACAGGGGUAAAAAUAUAAAUAAAUAAAAAAGAAAAGAGCGGGGCAAGGCAUUAGUUUGUACAGUUUUUGCCAAGUUACAUGUCCUGUCCGUCUCUCAAAAGGAAAGGGACUUAAGGGAGAAAUGUCUUUACCUUCGAAGAAGGAAGAAAAGAAAAGGCCAUGCCAUGUCGUUCCAAAAAUAAUUAAAUAAAUAAAUGAUUAACGAAAAAAACAGAUUCCUCCAUGCAUGUUUUUCCAAAAAUAAUUAAAUAAAUAAGUAAAAAACAAAAAGAAAAACGAAAAAACGAUUCCUCCAUGCAAGCUGACUAAGGAGAGCCGGAAAGUGUCUAUCAAAAGUAAGAAAAUACAAUAUAAUCCUGUUUAAGUAAGGGGUGUCGACUCCAGUCCAGCAGUCUAGUCUUGCGCAUGCAAAAACAAGAUGUAUAUAGAAAAAAUAACCAAGGUGGCGCAAAACAAAUCCUUUCAAUGCCAAAAUAUGUAUCAAAGAUAAAAUAAAUAAUAUGGUGAUAUAGCAGGAAGGAGGGAAUCCGUCACCCGGCAGAGAGCCAUGAAAAAUAUCCUGCUCAAAAAAUCCAACGAAAAUAACAAAAGAAUAAAAAUGGAAAAAUAUAGAAGUUCCAUUUGAGAGGACAGAGAGACAGUUCAUGACGACAACAUGUUUCUUUGGCCGUUUCAUCAUUUGAAUGGAUCUAGGUCUCGUAGCUCUCUUACCGUCAGUACUUUGGAUUCUUCUGGCGUGUCUCCGUUCAGGCGUAUCAUUACUUAACAAUUCCUGGUCCAGGUUGACUUUAUUUUACGCUGUUUUCUCAGGUUGUGAACUUCUUUGGCUAUCUCAGAAUUUUUCUUGGUGAGGUGUUCAUUAAUAUAGACAUCAGUUCCCUUUAGUUUCUUCCACUGCAUCAGUAGUUCCGUCUUGUGACUUCUGUUCCCAAAGCGAACGAUGAUGGUAAGUUUGCCGUUUCGGUCCUUCCGAGGGAGGGUAUGGCAGGCAGCAAUGUUCCUGGCCUCAAGGUGGAUGUCUUUACUUUCAAAGUAUUCAAUCACUUGUGAUUCAAGUGAUUGUUGGUCCUCGGGCGCUGCAUCCUCGCCGUCGCUUCUCCUUUCAGCUGCAGCUUUUGCAUAGGAUCGAGGCUUUACGUUCAUUCCAGUGAUAAUCAUGUCCUCCAUCCGCGUGUGUUGUUCCAAAUCAUUUAUUCGUUGUUCCAGCUCACCAAUCUUCAGAAGCAUGACUUCUUUCAUGGGGUCCACAAGUGCCGCUUGCUGCUUUACAACAGUAGCUAAGUCACCUGUCAUUUGGUUCAGCGAUCGUCAGAUCUCCUCAAUGUCGUCGGCGUUUUUCCUAUGAGCCAUAUUUGCACGCAGCCUUUGUCCUUGUCUUGUUAGAAAAGUAACGUUUUUGCUUGUUUUUUUUGUUGUUGCUGUUCUUGUUGUUCUUUUAGCUUUUUGCAAAAGUUUGCUCAACAAACUCAGCGUGCACUCAAGUCGCCGCCAUCUUGCCACCUUUUUCAGAGCAAGUAUUGGUUUGAUUGAUAUUAGCAGUAGUUGUAGUAGAAGAAGUGGGAGUUUGUUUGAAGGAUGGAAUAAUGCAUUAAUAUUAAAACUAAUUUAAAACAGGGAAAAUUUAAAUAAUUAAAAAUCCUUAGUAUUAGAAAAAGAUUUGAGUCAGUUUGAAUGAGGUUUAAUUUGUUUGAAGAAUUGAACAAUGCAUUACAACUGAGUGAUUUUAAAUGAAUAAGAAUCCUGAAUACACCCCAUAAUGUCCUCAAUGAGCUGAAAUUUUGAAGCCCUGAUGGUUUCUGUAGCUCAAAGUUUGUGGGAGGAGAUAGGGGCCAAAGUUUGUCAAGUGCUUUAGUGAAGGGUUUUAAAUGUAACCCCCAGUGCUCUGUGUACUGAGCCUGGCUUCAUGUGUCUCAUAUGGCCAUUUGAAGCAGCUUUUCAGUCAGCUGUGUGUCUCCAGGUGCACUUAUUGGUUGCCAUAGGCAGUGACACACACACACACACACACACACACACACACACACACACACACACACACAUUGUUAGACUGUGUGUGUGUGUGUGUGUGUGUGUGUGUGUGUCUCGUUAGAGAUUUUAUCCUAAACAGGUGUGAGAUCAAAGGCAUUAACUGACCUACUGUUUGACUGAGAAGCUCUUCUUCACCUCGCUGUCAGCUAAAAACUUUUUGUGAAACUUGCUUAUAUAUGUAAACUCAGUUAGUGUAUAGGUCAAGGGUGCCCCCCAGUGACCUGAAUGAUAUUUUUUUGUUUCUUAAUUAAACAGAACUAGUAGUCCUCGCUUUGUUGGUCUUUUCUCAUAGACCUCACAAAGCAGCAAGUACAAGAAUUUAUGUGUGUGUGUGUGUGUGUGUGUGUGUGUGUGUUAAUUAAUGCAUCUUAACAGGUGUCAGACAUCAAAGGCAUUAACUGACCUACUGUUUGAAUAAGAAGCUGCCGAACUGCAGUGAAUUUAGGGCCUCUUAACUUCUUCACAUAGCGUGAUUUCCGUAAAUCCCAGAAUGAAAAUAAGAACAUUGUACGCAUCCUCCGCCCUUCAUGAACACAAUGAUGUGUUUUUCAUGUCUGUUCUCUAAAAAAUGUGGCCACAACAGCGAGUUAAAAAGAUCUGAGCCUGAGUGAUUAUCAGGAUUUUCUGGGAGAAAGAUUACAUUAUGGUUAAUGGGAAGAAACUUUGCCUUUUUGGACUGUUGGUCACCUGCUGGCCAAGGGGUACGAUUUAAUGAUUUGAAACCUCUUUUGUGAGAAGCAGGACACAUAUACCUCCAUUUUGAUGUAUUUUUUAUGGCUGUGGAGUGAAAUUUGUGGGCGUGGGAGUACUAUAUUUGAGCGAGGUUCUGUUGAUCCAAGAGGAGCUCUGCACUCUAGCGAUGUUAUCAAACACUCUAGCUCUUCCAAUACACACCCGUUAUAAAGCCUGAAAUUUGCUGAAAACCAUGAGUUGCUUAAAGUUAAAUUGUGGGAAAACUGUAAAAGAUAUAAAAAAAUUGAAUAAAACAUUUAAAGUCGACAAGAUAAUGAACAUUUAAAGCAAAAAUGCGGUCUCUAGGUGAAAGUAUGCUGAAGUUAUAAGGCUCAGAAGGUUGAAGAAUAAAAGGAAGAAUUGGAAGAUUUCCCCAUUGACUUCAAUGUUAAAAUUUUGGCACAAAAAGUUUAAAAAAACAUAAAGUAGAAAGGGUAGAAAGGUAAAAAUUACAAGCACACAUGUCCUGAAGGAGUGGAACAGUUUAAAGUUUGAAUGGUUGAAAUAGCACAAAGUUUGAAGGAGUUGAAAAGCAGCAAAAAUCGACGGAAGAAUAAGAAGAACAAAGAAACAGGAGAAUAACAAUAAGUGGAAAUGCUUAAUCAGCAUUUUCACUUAAUAAUAAUAAAGAAAAAUGGCCGACAGGAAUAACAAUAAGUGGAAACGCUUAUUCAGCAUAUCCACUUAAUAAUAAUAAUAAAGAAAUGGGAGAAUAACAAGUGGAAAUGCUGUGUCAGCAUUUCCACUUAAUAUUAAAGAAAUAGGAGAAUAACAAUUAAUGGAAAUGCUUAAUCAGCAUUUCCACUUAAUUAUGGUGAACCAAAGGAGACAGUGUUGUUCUGCUGGAUCUUAGUGCUGCCUUUGAUACAGUAGACCACACUAUUCUUUUAAACUGCCUAAAACACCUUGGCCUCUCAGGUGAUGUUUACAGAUGGUUCACCUCCUACCUGACAGACAGGACAUUCAUGUUAAGUGUACACCUGUGCUCCUCCAAAGUCUAUAAAAUCACAUGUGGUGUACCCCAGGGUUCGAUUUUAGACCUGUACAUCCCUCUUGGCGGUGUCAUCAGGAGACAUGGAAUCAACUUCCACAGCUAUGCUGAUGAUACACAGCUCUACAUCUCCGUGUCUCCUGAUGACACCAGGCCAAUGGAUGCUCUUUUUAACUGCAUUUUAGAUAUCAAACCCUGGAUGGCAGAGAACUUUCUCCAGCUUAACCAGGACAAAACUAAAGUUUUAGUCAUCGGUCCUGAGGCCCAGAGAGAGAAACUUUUACCCAAACUACAAGCACUGUGUUUUAAUCCAUCACCACAAGUAAGAAACCUGGGCGUCAUUUUUGAGUCUGAGCUGACUUUUAGUCCACACAUUAAGAACAUAACAAAAAUAGUUUUUUAUCACCUGAAGAACAGCGCCAGAGUCUGCUUCAUUCUCCCUCAGGCCAACACGGAGACGCUGAUGCAUGCUUUUCUCACCAGUCAUAUAGACUAUUAUAAUGCCCUGCUUUCUGGUCUUCCCAAAAAGAAUGUUUCAGGUUUACAGUUAUUACAAAAUUUAGCAGCACGUGUCCUGACUAAGACCAGGAGGUGGGCCAGCAAAACACCGGUUAUAGAAUCAUUGCAUUGGCAGCCUGUGUUUUUUUUAGGAUCGAUUUUAAGGUUCUUUUACUUGUUUUUAAAUGUCUUAAUGGUCUUGGGCCUUUCUAUCUUUCAGAACUGCUUUUACCUUAUGAACCUUCACGGACCCUGCACUCCUCUGGCAGCAGGCUCCUAGUCAUUCCAAAAGUCAGGACACACACUCAUGGCGAGGCAUCUUUUCAAUGUUACAGCCCUCGUCUAUGGAACAGCCUGCCAGAGGACCUCAGGGCCGCAGAGAACGUUCAUGUUUUUAAGAGCAGGCUCAAGACCCACCUUUAACUUAGCUUUUGAUUAAUAUUUAUUUGUUUUAUCUUCAUUUAUUCUAGUUAGCCUAGGUUUAUAGGUUUAGUGUUUCUAGCAAUGGCGGCUGCUGGUCUUUCAAGGAGGGGAAGCUCAUUUUUCUGGCCUACAUCACAAUUGUGUUUGUUUAUUUGUAUGUAACAGAACAGAGUCGCCGAACACAACAGCAGUCGUUUUUAACAAAGACAAAAGUCGCUGAGGAUCGGUAAAGUCUCUGGAGCAGUUAAGAACAAUGGAAUGAAUAACUUGGAAAAUGCUUUGGUAUAUGUUUUAUUCUUCAAGAUCGCUGAUUCGCUUGUUCAGCUGUCAAUCAAAAAAGGAUUUCGCCUCAGACAGCUCAUCCAAUCAUGGAUGCAGAAGCUCGGAGUCUGGGAGAAAGUCGGGACCGCCCUCUCGCCAUAGAACUCCAGAGAAGCUCAGCGUCCGAUGGGCGGGACAAAGCCCAGCAUUUAUCCAAUGAGCGUCUAGUUUCGCUGCUGAAACAACCCACUUUGAGCUUCCACAUUGAAGUCAGCAGAAGCCGAGCGUCCGGCUGUGCGAAGCGCUGAGGCGCUGCGAGGAUGAAUGAGAACGAAGUUGUGCAGAAUCAGCUUCUUAUCACACUGUGAUAAACCUAGUGGAAAAAAGGGCCCCAACAAGCCUGGUGAGGGUUCAAGCAUUUGGCCUGCUUUGCUUGUAAACAAAGAGGGUUAUAACCCGAUAACGAGGGUUAACUCCAUGACAAAUCCCCUAUACUUCCUUGGGUGCCAAUCAUAGCAAGCUGGAGUUGCUAGCUUUGUUUCUUGGAGCACCAAAAUAUUUGGGCUGUCACUUGACCUAAGGGUUGGCCUAAGUGUCUGUAGAUGGGUCAGUAUGUGUUUCAAAAUAUUCUCAUGUGAGGCCUGCUGUUCUGUGAUGGUUUUAAGAGUUUUCUCAUGAGCCACCUCAUCAUAAAACUUGGCUGGGUGACUACCACUAGAAAUCAAACACUAGAAACACUGGAGACACUGGAAACAUUCACACAACCUCUCACUAUCUCUGAUGGUGAGACAGUGAGUCAGUAAUGGGAGCUGGAGCUCAAGAGUAUAUAAAAGUUUUUUUUCCACACACCAGAAUCAGAGAAGCAAAACUGAAUCCCUCUGACAACCUCUGCUUUUUGUGUUAUUUCACUUUACCAGCUCUCAUCUGAAGGCCCUUUUAAAGUUAUACUAACUAGGACAGGGGUGUGCUUUUUAGGAUAUUUUUACAGCUCAGAGUAAUCCAAACUUGACAACUGAGAAACAGAACUUGUCAGUGAGCCCAAAACCUUUCAGGGGAAUAAAACCUUUUACAUUUUUUUCUGCAUUAUGUUAAUUGAGAAAAUGUUAUUUAUGUAUUUUAACCUCACAUGCUCCAGAUUUCCAGAUUUGCAGUUCCAGAAUAAUAAAAACAACAACAGGACAGAUGAAGAAUUGCCUAUGAUUAGACUAAAUGUCAGCCAGGCAUUACACACUGAAAAACAUUCAAAUUUUUUAAACAGCAUUUUUAGUAGGUGCUCCUUAGACCUCCUGAUUUCCUCAGCUUUAUGGUAGAUCCGUACACCAGCUGCUGCUAAAGCUCCCUUUGUUUUUCUCAUUUCUCUGCAGUGAUUUUAGCACCACACAUUCACUCAAACACGUACAAAGAAAAGAGCCUCUAAGUUACUACAGGCACGGACAUCUUCAUUUAAACUGUUCAACUGGAACAAAAAAGUGUUUAGCUGUAUGCUUGGACAUGCUUUCUCAGGUUGGAUAACGAAUCACUCACAAACUUGUAACAUUAAGAAGUGUCAAACAAGCAAAAGUUGAGAAAACUUAGUGUUUUGAAACAAGUAUCUGACACAUGAGCCUGACUCAAGGCAGCCAUGUUAUGCAGAGACUAGUUUCCUGUACAGAACACACUGAUAUCACUCUGCUCAUUCAGGAUAUCCUACAAAAGAUAAAGAAACACAAACUAUAAGACUGGGAUACUUUCUCAGACUCUGAGGUCCCUGUGAUAGCAUCAGUGACUCAGUUUCUUCUCCACUUUCUCUUCUCUAACACCUGUGUGAGUCCAGAUGGUGCUAGUGGUAUGUUGGUAGUUCCAGUGACCUCUAACAGGAACCAACAUGGAGUCCCUGUGGUGGAAAGUUCUGAAGGGAGCUCAGAGGUGUUCACACUGCAGGUAAUAAAACAAGAAAUAAACUUCUCAGGCUUUCUGUUUAUCCUAUUCAGUUUCUGUUUGCACAUCGCUGAAUGCAUUACAUUUUGUUUUUCUGCACCACCAAGUAAGAAUAAGAACAAAAACUGUGUAUAAAAUUAAGUCCAGUUUACAGAUGCCUCCUGACCCACAGAUCUGGAGGAAAAACUGAACAGGAAACUGCAGCAGUACUGCUCGAUGAAAAUGAAAACAGUAAAAGGCUUUGACAAGACAGGUGCAGAAAACUAUGAUCAGGUACAUGAAACCCUAAAUUGUGGAGGACCCUAAACGUUUCUGUGGCUGUAGACCUAAAGCCAGAACAAUGUAGAGCACGUGGGUCAUCAUAACCAAACACACCUCAUCCCUGAACCCCUGUAGUUUAGUACAGCUUUCACAGACUUUCUCAUGAGUUUAAAGGAGACUUUCUUUGGUGUGUUUGCAGGAUGUUCUGCAGAUGCUUGGGCACAGAGCUGAUGCUCCCUGGGGUCUUUAUCUGCGGAUAUGUGCUCAGCAGCUUCUGGAAGCUUGUCUCAACCUCCUGCACUCAGCCUACAGCAGAGGGGAGCUCUACAGGCCCAUCUGGAUUGGCAUGGAGAGUCUGCAGAGAACUCAGGACAUCAAGGUAUGUGGCACCAUCUUGAGUAUCAUAUAGGAGGUUUUAGUAAGGCUUUGGCCCUCAUUUAUCAGGCUUGCGUACGGCAGAAAACUUGCGUACACCUUGCGUACGACAAUUUUGACGAGAGGAUCGGCAUUUUUCAAUCUGCACGUAAGAAUAGAAUAGAAUAGAAUAGAAUAGAAUAUUCCUUUAUUGAUCCCCCAUGGGGGAAAUUUUUUUGUCACAGCAGCAUCACAGACAAGUCAAAAAGUGCAAAAAUGCAGUUAUAACAAUAAGGGUCCUAAUAUUAAGAACUUAAAUAAAUGUAAUAAUUAAGAAAAAAAUUAGAAAAGGGAGAAGAAAAAAUAAAGCUUUCUACAAUAUACACAAUUUAAAUGCCAGAAAAAAAGUGGUAGUGUAAAUCCAGUUUUGUUACUGUUCAUUGUAAAGUCUUAUUGCAGAGGGGAGGAAUGAUCUGCGGUAGCGCUCCGUCCUGCAAGGUGGGAGUCUCAGUCUGCUGCUGAGGAUAGAUAUAGAUAGAUAGAUAGAUAGAGAACUUUAUUAAUCCCCGAGGGGAAAUUCGGUUGUUGUAGUAGCCGAUACAAGCAAUACAAGAGAAAUACAAAAAAUAGAUAAAAUAUACAAGACUAUACAAGACUAGUCAAGAUAAUGAAUGAAUAUGAGUACUUAAAUAGUAUGUGCUAAGAUGAAUGAAUCUGUAAGUGUAGAUGUGCAAAGGAGAAAUGUGCAAAAGUGAUAAAAAUAUUGUAUGAUACUUAUAUGUGCUUAAUAUAACUUAAUUACAACCUAAGCAUGUGUACCCGUAUUUACAACAACAAUGUAGGAAUGGCAGGCUAGUCCAUGUAAGUGACUGUGGCUCUAACAGGGGUGGAUGAGUUAAAGAGUCUUAUUGCAGUAGGUAGGAAUGACUUCCUGUAUCUUUCCUUAGAGCAGCGGGGUUGAAUGAGUCUGUUGCUGAAGCUGCUCUUCAACCUGUCCAGUGUGUUGUAGAGGGGGUGGGAGGGAUUGUCCAUGAUUGCCAGCAGCUUUGCCAGCAUCCUGUCUUCCACCACCUCUUCCAGGGUGACAAGUUUAGAGCCCACAACAGACUCUGCCCUUCUGAUGAGUUUGUUCAGUCUGUUGGCGUCCUUUGCCUUGAUGCACGCGCCCCAGGACACCGCAGCAAAGAAGAUUGUGCUCGCCACAACAGACUGAUAGAACAUCUGCAGCAUCUUGUUGCAGAUGUUAAAGGACCUGAGCCUCCUCAGGAAGUAGAGCCGGCUCAGGCCCUUCUUGUACACCGCCUCUGUGUUUGCGGACCAGUCCAGUUUAUUGUCCAGUGUAACACCCAGGUACUUGUAGGUGUCCACCAAAUCCACAUCUGUCCCACUGAUGCGGACAGGAGUGGGCAGGGGCUUGUUCCUCCUAAAAUCCACCACCAUCUCUCUCGUCUUCGCCACGUUCAGCUGCAGGUGGUUCUCCCCACACCACUUCACAAAGCGGUCGACCAGGUCCCUGUACUCAGCCUCCCUUCCCCCCUCCACACACCCCACAAUGGCCGUGUCAUCGGAGAACUUCUGCAGGUGACACGACUCAGUGCAGUACUUAAAGUCUGAUGUGUAUGUGGUGAAGAGGAAGGGGGACAGCACAGUCCCCUGGGGGGCUCCGAUGUCACUGAUCAGACGACCAGACUCACAGUUCCGUAAUCUCACAAACUGCGGCCUGCCCGUCAGAUAGUCGUCGACCCAAGUGAUGAGGGGAGAACUCACCCGCAUGCUCUCCAGUUUGGCCUUCAGCAGUCUGGGCUGGAUGGUGUUGAAGGCGCUCGAGAAGUCGAAGAACAUGAUGCGGACUGAGGUGUUGGGUCUGUCCAGGGAGGCGUAGGCCUUUUGCAGCAGGUAGAUGAUUGCAUCAUCAACCCCAACGUGGGGCUGAUAAGCAAACUGCAGGGGGUCUUGUGAUGUGCGCACCAGCGGUCUGAGGUGUGCCAGGACCAGUCUCUCCAAAACCUUCAUGAUGUGAGAGGUCAGUGCCACCGGUCUGUAAUCCUCCAGUGCAGCAGGACGUCCUUUUUUGGGCACUGGGACCAGGCAGGAUGUUUUCCAGAGCACUGGCACUCUCUGAAGGUGUAGGCUCAAGUUGAACAGAUACUGAAGAACUCCACAGAGCUCACUGGAACAAGCUUUCAACACACGAGGGCUGAUGUGGUCCGGUCCAGCUGCUUUCCUCUGUUUGAGCCUCUCCAGCUCUCUCUUCACCUGGCUGGAUGUAAUGUGGAGUCCAGACUGGGGGGUGGGGGAUAUGCUAUCGUUCAAGGUGGAUGUUGUUGCUGGGUCGUGGAGUGGAGGUGACAGGGGAGGUACAGAGGGGGGAGGGGAUUGUCUGCUGUAGGAGGUGGUGGGGAGCUGUGAGUAUGUCUGUGGGGCGGGAGGUGUGAAAGAGUCUGUGACGAGUGUCCGCACAGGGGGUGGGGGUGGUGUGGAGCAGGGUGUUGUUGUGGUGGGAGGUGAGGAGUUGUUUGUUGAAGCAGUAGGGGGGCCGCCUGGUGUGGAGUUGAACCUAUUAAAAAACAUGUUCAAGUCAUUGGCACGUCGUUCAUCCCCCUCUGCCGCACCCGCACCUCUCCUCUGGAAGCCUGUGAUCUCCCUCAUCCCCCUCCAGACGUCCCUGGUGUUAUUGUCUGCCAGUCUUUGUUCCAGUUUUCUUCUGUAGAUGUCCUUGCUCUCCCUGAUGCUGUAUUUGAGCUCCUUUUGUACCCUCUUAAGUUCUGCUCGGUCCCCUGAUCUAAAGGCCUUCAGGUCGCUGGUUAUCCACGGUUUGUUGUUUGGAUAGCAGCGGACCUCCUUAGUGGGGAUGGUGUUAUCAAUGCAGAACCCGAUGUACUCAGAGAUACAGUCAGUCAUGCCAUCUAUGUCCUCACCAUGUGGCUCAUACAGGGCAUCCCAGUCCGUGGCCUCCAGCGCUCCACGUAGUGUUUCCAUGGCCUCAUGAGACCAUUUCCUCACUGUCUUCACUGUAACUGGAUGCUGCUGAACCACAGGCUUGUAUAAUGGCGAGAGCAGGACUAGGUUGUGGUCUGACCUGCCCAGUGGUGGCAGGGCAGUGGCACUAUACGCAUCCUUAACAUUUGCGUACAGCAGGUCCAAAGUCUUAUUUUCACGAGUAGUGCAUGUCACAAACUGGUAGAAGGUUGGGAGUGUGGAUGAGAGGGAGACGUGGUUAAAGUCACCUGUGAUGAUGAUGAAAGCCCCAGGGUGUUGUGUCUGUAAUCCUGCAGUCACAUUGUGAAUAGCAUCACACGCUGCUUCUGCGUUUCCAGACGGGGGGAUAUAAGCAGUUAUGGCGAUAACACUGGUAAAUUCCCUCGGCAAAUAAUAUGGACGAAGUCCGACGGCGAUGAGCUCGAUGUCCGGGCUGCAGAUCCGCUCUUUAACCGUAACGUGCCCGGGGUGACACCACCUGUUGUUCACGAGCACGGCGACGCCUCCUCCUUUCUUCUUGCCGGUCGCCGCGGUGUCUCUGUCGGCUCGGACCGUCUGGAAGCCAGGGAUGGUGACGUUCGAGUCCGGUAUCUGCUCGUGCAGCCACGUUUCCGUAAAACACAUGAUACUGGACUCUCGGUACUCCCGCUGUGUCCUGGUGAGCGCUUCCAGUUCGUCCACUUUAUUCGCCAGUGAUCUCACGUUUCCAGUGAUGACUGCAGGGAUGUAGGGUUUAAACUUCCUCUUCUUCAUCCUUCGUUUAAGCCCCGCUCUGCAGCCUCGCCGUCUCCUCUUAAGCUCCUCAGGUAUGGAGGGUCUCUCCCCGGCCAAGGGAGUCGCGUAUCUGAGGGCCAUCAGCUGUUCGCGGGUGUAAACAAUGCCAGCGGUGUUGCAGGCAUGACUCCCCGUGAUCCGGAGAGACAUAAGUACCAUUAAAAAGAGACCAAGAUGUACAAUCCUUUGGAAAAAGUAUCUUGUCGUAGUGCGUGACGAUGAUGUGCAGAACUGUAUAAAAAUUAAGUUAAAAAAUAAACAAUAAGCGCAAUAAAAACACAAUAAAACGUUAGAAGUAUCCGGAGCUACUACAACAAGCUGCCGCUAGGACGGCGCCAUCUUGAGGGAGCUGCCUAAAGCCCCCACAGUCUGGUGCAGUGGGUGAGAGGGAUUGUCCAUGAUGGAUACAAGCUUUGUUAACAUCCUCCUCUCACCCACCUCCUCCAGGGAGUCCAAAGAACAGUCCAGGACAGAACGGGCCCUCCUGACCAGUCUAUUCAGUCUCUUCCUGUCCCUCUCAGUGCUACCCGCCCCCCAGCAGACCACUGCAUAGAAAAGUGCAGAUGCUACCACAGAGUCAUAGAAAGUCCUGAGCAGAGUCCUGCACACUCCAAAAGACCUCAGUCUCCUCAGCAGGUGGAGACGACUUUGGCCCUUUUUGUACAGAACGUCUGUGUUUGUUGACCAGUCCAGUUUGUUGUUGAGGUGAACACCCAGGAAUCUGUAGGACUCCACCAUCUCGAUGUCCAGACCCUGGAUGUUCACUGGAACAGUCUGAGGUGUCCUCCUCCUGCGUAAAUCCACAACCAUCUCCUUUGUCUUACUGGCGUUGAGCUGGAGGUGGUUUGUGCCACACCAGUUGACAAAGUCAGUGAUGACAGUCCUGUAUUCCCGCUCAUCCCCUGACGAUCACAUCCGACGAUGGCUGUGUCAUCAGAGAACUUCUGGAGGUGACAGCUCCCAGAGUUGUAGCUGAAGUCCGAGGUGUACAGGGUGAAGAGGAAGGGGGAGAGCACUGUCCCCUGUGGAGCCCCCGUGCUGCAGACCACCAUGUCCGAUACACAGUUCUGAAGCCUCACAAACUGUGGUCUGUCGGUGAGGUAGUCCACGGUCCAUGCGGCUAGGUGACAGUCCACUCCCGCCUGCUCGAGCUUCCCCCUGAGCAGUGAAGGCUGGAUGGUGUUGGACGCACUGGAGAAGUCAAAAAACAUGACCCUCACAGUGCUGCCGGUAUUAUCCAAGUGGGCCAUGGUCCUCUGCAGCAGGUAGAUGACUGCGUCAUCCACCCCGAUGUUCGGCUGGUACGCAAACUGCAGAGGAUCCAGAUGAGAGCUCACCAGGGGGCGGAGGUUCCUCAGCACGAUACGCUACGACCAAAUCUCACGACAGGUCUGACAUUGUGUACGCAAAUUUGAGUCACUGUGGAUCUGCGGUGCAGCAAAUGUCUGUCUCAAAAUCAUUGAUAUACAAACCUCAAACCUGUCAUUAAGCACAAUCAGCCAGAUUUCAUUAAAGAUUAAGACGUAAAUAAAAUAAAAUGCCACAGAGCAGGAGCGCCGUUUCAACAUUACGCACACGCGCCAUGUGGAGCGCUGCGUUUGACUCCUAAAAGGCAGGUGUCUCUAUCUUGGUCCAGCAGCGGGGACAUUGUUGUACACUCCUGAAAGGGUGUGGGACAUCAUUUGAGCCAGUACAGUUUUGCACAAUGUUACACUGGCGAAUGGAGUGCCGUUGGCUGUGCCGGUGCAACGUGAGGACCUGAUGCCCGAACAAUAACAAGGAGAGACUCCACAAAGGUGCUGUACAGAGGAGACAGGACCUUAUCGAUGGAUUCUGAUGUAAAAUAUAAGUUUAGAAAGUGCUCUUGCUGUUUAAUCAGUGAUAAAAAUCCAAUAGAAAUCCAUAAAAAUGUGCCUCAGGGGCAGCAACACACCGUUUGGUGACGUUAAUAAUUAUUUUUGGUCAGCCUCUGUCAGACUCUCCAGUCUGCUUUACAUUACAAAGACGCAGCAAAUUAAAAUUAAAUACUUUCAGUAAUAGGAGCAACGUACCCUGUUUCAUGGCAAUAAAAAAUAUGAGGCAUGUAUGAGAAUAAUUAAUAAAUAAUUUAUCAUCAUGAGCAAUUUAUUGACUAAUGAUUUAUUCAAACUUCAGCCACUGUCCACUAUUCAAGCGGACAGGAGUAUUUUGGACUGCUUUUAGACCAGUUUUGAUGCUUCCAAAGAGAAAAUCCUUGUUAGUUUCCACCACAGAUGUGAGGAUAUCCACUUUCAGCUCGAAAAAGUUUCACAUCUUUCUACUAUUUCUACUCUUUCAUGUUUGACCUCGGUGGCCGAGGCUUCUGAACCACGAAUAUUUAAGGGCGUAAACAUGUUAAUGAUGAUCGAUUUCAGACGCCGCAUUUAUCAAGACCGGAACAUACGUAUGCUGGGAUUGGUCAGAUACGAACCCUUUCAUAAAUCUCACGGGUGUCCUAUCGUAUGAUGAAUCCUGCGCUCAGAUCUGCGCAAGAUUGAUAAAUGAGGGCCUUUGUGUUUGUGCAGCUCUUGCUCCACAAAGUACAGUCAUAUUAACCCUCUGUUAUAACCUUCUCUCUCUCACUCUCUUUCUCUCAGGAGUUUGCAUCCACAGUAGAGAGGCUCUUCCCUUAUGUCACUCUGGUCUUUAAAGAACUGAACUGGCCCCCUUCAGCCCCACAGACAGUGACAGGCUUAUCUUUAUCUCAGAGGCCGGCUCUACAUCUGAACACUGCAGCACUGCCAAAAGGACAAGAGACCCUGAGCUUUGUGGUGGACCUCAUGGACAGAUAUGACCUUAUAGUGGAAGACGACAAAAUAAACAGUGCUGGAGUUUUAGCAGACUUGAAACAACUUAUAACCCAGGGCAAAAGGAGAGCUAACACAAACAUCUACAUACUCAACAACCAACCUUAACCCUUCAACAUGAUCCCUUUCAAACUUCACGCUGCUGCUGCUGCUAGUGUAAAAAUCUCAGCUUAUCUUUGUAUGAUGGUCCAAAAUCAGUAUGCUAUCUCAUUAAGUCAAAUUAUGGGUGAAAUUCAACAGACACUGGAAAAUAACAGCUUUAAAUCACGUAGAGAGGCUGAUUUAAGAUGGCGUUUGGUGGGGUCUCUUCAGUUUUUUCACAGCUGAUUAUUAAUCAGUGACCCUGGCCCUCAAACUUAACUGGACUAUCUGGAUUUACAGUCUGAAACACACAUUAUAGCAUCUAAUCAGACCCUGGCUUUUAUUCUUAAGUAGUUCAUUUUAACUUAAUACUAGUUUAUCAUUCUAUUAGGAAGAUGGGGAGGAAAAAAAACUUUCUAAAUUUUCUGAGCUGAUUUGCCCUAAAGCAGGGGUCAUUAGACAGCAGUAGGGGUAAGGGUUAUGACUUAGACCCCAUUAAAAACCAUAUUUGGAUCAGAAUAGUUUUGAGAGUUAGGGAUCUGGUGAGCAAGAGUGAGAUUAUGCAGGCUGAUGGUUUAAGUGAAAUGUGCGAACGGCCUUCAGACACAAGGAAAAGAAGCAUUCUGUCAGAAGAAAAGGAGAAAUUUCUCCUAAGGAAAGUUAAACCCACUCUAUGAGGUAGUAUGUACUGUACCUACAGACUGUUUUGAGGAUUCCCACUUGGCUGUAUUAAAGAGACGGUGCACAUAUGUUGGGAGGAUUAUUAGUAUAUGAGCAGUGUCAUGAUAUGGUCUGUUUACUUAGUUUUCUCCUGGGGCCUUAUUUAUCAAUCGUGCAUAGAAAAGGUUCUAUAUUCUUGCGUAGGAGUGAAAUUUAGAAUAUGCAUAAGUAAAAAAAAAAUCUGUAUUUAUCGGCCCAAUUCCAAACUCCACCCUAAGCCCUCAAGCCCUGCACCCUCAUUAGCUUAAGUUAAGUCAGCUGGUAAGUGCUUGAGUGUGGGAGGGUUCAAGGGCUCCAAAAGGGUAUAAAAGCAAUGGAACAGCCCUCUGUGAUGUCCCAAGUUACCUUGACGACAGACGACAACGUUGCCGUGACAACCAAAGAUGCGACUGACACUUGCCUCUCUGGGCCUCUUAAUUCUCCAUUUAUUUUGCGGCCAGCGACGUCGCAGAAGAAAGGCCAACAUUGUUCCGCUCCUUUUGCACACACUUGCUCUUGAACAUGGACAACAGGUAAUUGGUAAAUAAUGAUUAGAUUGAUAAAUUAUAAAACCAGCAUUAAUGAUAGGUUAAGUGAUAUUGAAUGGUUAAAAGGUUGAAGCACUAGAUUCUGAAAGUAAUCACUGCUUUAGAGUGUUAGUUCAGUAUAAGAUGUAUUGAUUCAGAUAAAAGUUUGAAGUAAAAAUCAAUUGUCUUUGUUAUAAGAAUAACGCAUGCGUGUGUGUAUAUAUGUAUGUAUAUAUAUAUAUAUAUAUAUAUAUAUAUAUAUAUAUAUAUACAUAAUCUUAUAUCUAUGUUAAUGUAGUGCAUUCUUGUUCAUUUUGGCAUUCCAGCGCCCACCAUACACGAUGCAGAACAUCCAUGAUAGUGAUUGUGGUAAUGCAAGUAACAGACAAUAUGAUCAUUAUAACUUUAACACUUUUGAACAUACUGACUAUAAAUUAAAUGAGAUUGGACAUGAUAUUGACCCGGAAAAUAACUUUUACAAUUCUAUAAGUAAUAACUGCCAGUACUACACUGUGUGCACAAUUAUUAGGCAAGUUGUAUUUUUGAGGAUGAAUUUUAUUUUUGAACAACUGCAGUGCUCUCGGUCAAUCCAAAAUGUUAAUAAACCUCAAACCUUAAUAUUUAAGGGAGUAAAAGUGAGAUUUUGGCUUCCUUAGGAGAAUAUCUAUGUGUGCACAAUUAUUGGGGGCAGCUAUUAGUGUGCAGAAUUAUUAUGCAACUAAAUCAAAAAUGAAAAAUUUUCCAUCUCACUUGUUUAUUUUCACUUGUUCAAGUGUGAAUGAUAAACAAACAACUCAAUUUACAAAUAAAAAUUGUUGAAAUUAAAAAAAAAAAAUCAGUGACCAA